AUGGCUGCUUCCCCGCGUUCGAGCCGUGGGGCGGGGGGCCGGGAGGGGCCGGGCGGCGGCGCUGGACAUGCCUGCUCACGGCCGGGCCCCCCAAACCCUCUGCGGGGCCUGCAACAAGUGCGUCUCUGGCUUCGACCAUCACUGCAAGUGGCUCAACACCUGCGUGAGCAGCAGGAACUACUGGUGUUUCUCAGCUGCGUGGCCUCAGCCGUGGCCGGGCUGCUCUACCUGACAGGGGUCGCCCUGUACAUCCUCAUCCAGGACUUCGUGGACAGGCAGCAGCUCCGCACGCACCCCCACUUUGAAGGCGUCCUGGACCUUCCCGGGAGGGCGGGCGCCGUGGCGCUGCUGGUGCUGCUGGGGGCUGAGCUCGUGCUGGACGCCGUCAGCCUUGUGCUGCUGGGCAGCCGCUCGCCUUCCAUCUCUGCCUGUGAACAAGAGAACAAGCACAUCUGA